UAUUUCCUGUAAGUAUAUGGCUUAUUCUAUAACUGUACAGUGAAGAAAAAUGGCACAUUCCUAAUCUGUAUACUGAAGAAAAAUGUCUUAUUCUCAAACUGAGCACAUAGCACAAUCUUUUGCAGUGUGUCAAAUUUGUGAGGAGUCACCAGAUUUAAAAUGGAAGUGUAUUGAAUGUGAAUUACUAUUUUGUAACAAUUGUUCAACAAAGUUUCAUUCAAAAAGCAAAAGUCUAGCAGAACAUCAUGUCUAUGAUAUAAAAGAUUGUGGAGCUGAGAGUACAAUAGAUUCUAUCCGUCUAAAUGCUCUGGUGAAUAUAACCUGCCAAUUACACACAGGUAAAAAAUGCUCUGUUUUUUGCAAAGACUGUGCCGUAACAAUAUGUACUAAAUGUAUAAAGGAAUUGCAUACAGACCAUGACUUUUGUGAUAUAAGUGAAGUGUAUGAAGAAAAAUUAUUGAAAAUGAAGAGCUAUGAGAAUAAAGUUGAAUCACACAUAGAAUUUUAUUCACAGGAGGAAGAAAGACUGCAACAAAAGAUGUCAACUGGACAAAAACAUUAUAAUGAAAUUAAGGAAAAUAUAUCGGAGCAAGAAAACCAAAUAGUUAAUGCUGUUAGAAAUCAUUCAAAAAAGCUUUUAAGUGAAGUAGAUUCCCACUGGAAGCCAACUGAGGAAGUUUUGCAACAACAAAUCGCGACUAUAAUGCAAACAAAUGAGGAGUUAGAGUUGACAAAAAAUGAAAUCAAUAAAACUCUUCAGUCCAUUGAUGCAUCCAAAGUCCUGACAGCAAAUAUUCAAGCAAAAGAAAAACUACUAAAACAAGCUCUCAUUACACCAACAAAUUUGAAGAACUUUGAGUUUGUAAACAAAUCUUUUUCUAACAAUGUAAUUUGUAGAAUUUUUGGCCAUGUCUAUGCAGCUCCAAAAUUUGAACUGGUCAAAUCUUAUGAAAACAGCAUAAUUUCUAGUGCAUCAAAAAUGUUAGUACUGGAAAAUAAUUCUGCUAUAAUAGCAAGUAUCUGGGAAGAUAAAUUAUACAAAGUAACGCUAUCAAAUGACUAUAUAAGCAUUGAUACUGAGACAACACAAUCUUUGUAUGACAUGGCCAUGAUGCAAAAUGGCAAUGAUAUCAUUUUCUCAGAAAAAGCAUCUGAUUUGAAAAUCCUAAAUCUCGGCAGCCUGAGUGACAUUAACAGGAUUAAAUAUUUUAAGAUAUUUCAUUCAUGUCAUCCGUUUAUAACAUUAGGUUUGCAUGUAAGCAUGGAUAAUCAUAUUCUUGUAGGAAUAGCAGAGUCCAAGUCUUUUCCAACAUCAAAAGCAGACAGUGCGAAUAGAAUAAUAGUUCUUAGUUCUGAGGGAGAAGUUGAAAAAGUGCAUGAGUUUGCUGCAGACCAAGAAAGACUUUUUACUAGACCAAUUAGAAUCAAGACAGACUUUAAAAACAAUAUAUAUGUUGUUGAUCUUGUUGACAAAUCAUUCGGAAAGUAUGAAGGGAGAGUAGUAACAAUUGAAUGGACAGGGAACCUUAGAUGGAUCUAUACUGGGGUUCAAAUCUUCGACAAAUUUUUCCCUAGGGAUGUUGAAGUUACUUCAACUGGUACUGUUUUAGUUUCUGAUGAGAAAAAUCAUGCUUUACAUCUUUUGAGCCAAGCUGGGGAAAUAUUGGGAUGCAAAACACUUGCUGAAAUGGGGAUUAGACUACCACACUGCUUAUAUAUGACUGAAAGUGAAGAAUUAUGGGUUGCAUGCAGAAAAGAUGAUAAAUAUAGCAAUGCCAAGCUCCACUUAUUAAAGCUUAAUUACCUUAUGUAAAGAGGGUACAUGUAUAUACAAUACUGUAUAUUCAGAAACUAUUGCAUGCAAUUUUUAUUGCGAUUAUGACAUUUUAGAACACGAUUUUUGUGAUAUUAUGAAAAAUCCUGUUUUAUUCAUAUUAUAUAAAUUUUAUUAAAUGUGAGUUUAAAUUAUUGGGAUUGUAACCCAGUCGUAUUAUUUCACAUAAGUAAAAUCAUUGCAAUAAUUUCAGCAUUUAGAGUAAUGUAAAACAUUCAUAUCAAGUCAUUUUUAGUUCUUGGAAUCAUCAAUUUGAGUGUCUUCUACAACAUUUUAACAUUUUGUAACUUCAUUAUAAGAUCUAUCACAGAUACAUCCAAAAAUAUAGGUCCUUUUAUUAAUAAAGUGACAUCAUAAUGAACAAUCAUCUCUUACUUUAGAUUUAGAAUUCUUUUAGUUAAUAACUUAACAUUGUGUUUGCUGUAUAAUAACUCAACAUUGUGUUUGCUGUAUAAUGAACAAAAUUACAAGAUAAAUUUGGAGAUUUUGGGGAAUACUGCAUGGGAUAAUGCUGUCAAAUUGUAAAAUGUGAGUUUUUGUCUUUGGAAGAACUAUCCAGUCUUAAAAGGGGAGAAAAGAGCAAAAACUUGUGAAUUUGCAUACAUGUAUUUAAAUUAUAAUUGUGACAUGGAAAAUGAAUAAAUGUGAAAGCUA